AUGUCAGGACCCGAUCCCAGUCAGAUCGCUUCCAGCUGGGCCGAGUACAAGUCCGCCACCGGGCGGCCGUACUACUAUAACUCCAUCACCAAGGAGAGCGUUUUCCAGCGCCCUGAUGCCCUGCGCACGGCGGAGGAGCUUGCUUCCCCCUGGAGGGACUUCACCACCGAAGAGGGGAAGGUGUACUUCCACAACCGCGAGACCAAGGAAACCCUCUGGGACCCUCCGGCUGACUUCGCCGGGAUUCUGGAGCGCGCCGGGCGCCUGCCCAAGCCCGCGUCCACCGCGCCGACCCCGGCGGUCCCGGUGGUCCCGGCGGUCCCGGUGGCCCCGGUGGUCCCGGUGGUCCCAAUGAUCCCGCCCGUGGCUCCGGUGCUCCCGAUGGUGGUGCCAGAUGUCGGGGUCCCGGUGGCCACUCCGAUCACCGGCAUUCCCCUGGCCGGGAUGGGCCCGGUUGGUGGUGGUCGGCCCAUGGCGGUCCCGAGUGUGCCGCUGGCGGCGCCAGUCGCUUCCGUGGUGGCUGGUCGGCCGGUCCUGCCCGGAGUCCCGGCACCGAGUAUCAUCCCGCCGGGGGCCGGGCAGCAUGCCCUGGCCGGCCGGCCCACGGUCCCGGCGGCAAUCCCCAGCCUGGCCGUCCCGACAGCCAUGUCUCCUCUGGGCUCCCUGCCUGGUCAUGGCCCGGAGCGCUUGGACCCGGCGGAUCCGCGGUAUCUCUUCCGCCUGAUGCUGCGUGAUGCGUAUGCCCGGAAGCCGCAUGGCCCCUUCGGACCGGACAGCCGGCGUGGGUGGACCUGGGAGCUUCUCCUGCGCGAGGUGAUCGGCCAGCAGAAUUACACCACCAUCCCGACGCUGGAAGAGCGCAAGGCCGAGAUCAUCCGCUUCUUGGAGGAUGUGGUACCGACCCCGGUGCCGCUGGCGGUGCUCAACGCCGCCGGGCCUGCCGGUGUGGAUGUCGCCGACGAGCCGGACGAGGCGCCGAGCACGCGCCCCGGGUCACCCGGGCCUGGUGGCUCGGCUGGCACGGACCCCGAGGGGCCGGGUGCCGGCCAAUCGGCCGAUGUCCUGGCCAAGGAGGCCCUCGACAUUGUGGCCUCCAUGGAUGAGGACUUCUCUCACCUGCUUGAGCGCUAUCAGGAUGUCCCGCCUGCGGCGUAUGUCAGCCGACUGCAGGAGCUCUCGGCCGCGCGGACGCGCUUCUUUGACAUGCUCCGCCGGCGCACCCAGCUGUCGGACAUCGAGCUAGUCCGAGCGCUUCCCUCCAUGCUGCCGGAAACGCACUUCAUGCUGCCAGAGAUGUUGGCGUUGUCAUCGUCGUCAUCGUCGUCGUCGUCGUCGGCGGCGGCGGCCACGGCGCCAAGUGCAGCCGCGUCGGCAGCGGACCCGGCCACGGGCGAGGCUGCGGCCCCGGCGGCCUCGGCAGUGGAUUCUGCGCCAGCGGACUCCGGCGCAACGUCAGCUUCGGCCUCGGCCUCGGCUUCGGUCGCGGCAGCGGCGGCAGCGGCGGCGGCGGUCGCUGCCGCCGCCGCCGCAGCGCGUCUGGAGAAAGACAUCUCUGGGUCCAUGCCGAUCAUCAACGCCCAGACUAAGUCCAACCGGUGGCGGUCUGUGGCCGAAGCAUUCCGUGCGGAUCCGGCCUUCCUGGCCGUCGAGCCGGAGGAUCUGCGCCGGCUGCACUUCGAGCGGUAUCUGGCCGUCAUGCAGCAUUACAGCCGGGUCCGAGCCAAGCGCCAGGAGGAGGACCUGCGUCGGCGCUUCCAGGCCGUGUUGGAAUCGCUUCCCAACUUCUCGAUUGAAUCGCGCUUCAACGAGCUCCAGCCCCUGUGGCUCCGGAGCAAGGCCUUUAUGGAGGAUUCCGAGCUGCAGGGCUUGUCGAAGUUGCAGCAGCUGACCUUCUACCGGGAGAUCAUGGAGCCGCGGCUGCGGCGUGAGGUGGACAAGCUUGAUGCCGAGCGUCGGGCCAUCCUGCGCCGGGACCGCAAAAACCGCGACGCCUUCCGGGGGUUGCUGGAGGAGAUGGUGCACCAGGGCAAAAUUGAGGCCACCACUCGCUGGGAGGAUGUUUAUGCCAACAUCCGGCAGUCGCACAUUUUCCGCGCGAUGUUGUCCAACUCCUCCGGCUCGCAGCCGCUGGAUCUGUUCUUCGACCAGCUGGCUCGUCUGGUGGCUAUCGCCGAGCGGGACCGCGAGGCGGUGGAGGCCAUCCUCCAGUCGGCCGGUUUUGUGGUCACUGCACAGACCCCCUCGACGGACUUCUUCCGCGCGGUGUUGGCCGACCGCCGGGGCCAAGACCUGAAGAAUCACAACUUGCGUUUCUUGUUUGAGGAUCUCCGCCAGCGGGCCCUUGACGAGGAGGCCGACCGACAGAGGCUGCUGGAGCGCCGGCGUCGGGGGCUCUUCUCCUUCCUUCGUUCCAACUCACUGGCCUGCACGCCGGGCGCCGAUGUGAGCAUGGUCCUGGCGGCUGCGGCACAAGCCCCGGAAGGGGAGGCCUUCAUCGAGGCACAUGCUGGGCGCGAUGCCGACUUGCAGAAGGCCGUCGCCGAGUUUGUGCGUCUAGUAGCCGAAGGCAAGGAGCCCAAGUCCGAGGCGGAUGACCGGCCGGAUCGUGGGUCGGCGUCUGGGGAUUCUGAGCUCCGGCACCGUCGGGGCUCGCGCUCAGGCUCGCGCUCACGAUCUGUGUCCAGGUCACGGUCGCGGACCCGAUCGCGUUCGCACUCGCACUCGCGUUCGCGGUCGCGGUCUCGGUCGGGCCUGCCGGACGGUGGGCGUCGUGCCGGCGGCCGUGGUGGCUAUGGCUACUCUAGCCGUGGCAGGUCGCGGUCGAGGUCGCGGUCGCACUCACGCUCGCGCUCGCGCUCGCGUUCCCUUUCCCCCGGACGAUCUGCCUACUAUGGUGGCGGGUAUGGCGACCGGCGUGGGUCCGGGCGGGGGCGCCUCCGUGACUCGCGCGACCGGGACUUCGAUCGGCGCCGUGAUCGGGACUACGACCGUCGCGAGCAUGACCGGCGCCAUGGCCGCGAGCGCGAUGAGCUCGAUGCUCCCAUGGCCGGGGCCACCUCCUCCGGAUAAGGGACUUGUCAUCCGGAUGGGAGGGGGG